AUGGCACCAAUUCAGUUCCAUCCGAAUCAAGUUUUCGAUGAAACCAAACACAUUGUAGAUCCAAUUGCUAAAAAAUAUCUUGAGAAAGCGACUAAUGAUGUACAUCAUCUUAUUCCGGUCAAAGUUGCUGAUGACGGAAACUGUUUAUACCAUUCAGUUCUUCUAUUAAUGAAUAAUCCAACGGUGACGACGGAUGAAUUGCGCGUUCGAACAAUUAUCGAACUUAUGACAAAUGAAACUUAUUAUGAUAGCAUGUAUUCACAAUUCAUCGGAUCUGUUGCAUUUAUUAUCAAGGCCAUGUGCAAAAAUAAUACAUUUUCAGAAUUGUAUGAAAUUAGUGCAUUAUCCAAUGUACUUAAAUGUAAUAUACGAAGUAUCUAUCCAAAAAUUGAUUUUCGAGAAGAUAUGAACAUUUUGAAUAACGUAUUUACGCCUGCUCCACCUGUCAUUGCCAACUGUAACAUCGCAAUUUUGUGGUCUCAUGUCUUGAAUGAAACAGAUGCACGAGCUGCAAAUAAUGGCGCAUGGAGUUCCAAUCAUUUUGUUCCUCUUCUAUCAUCAGCAAUGCAUUACACAUCUGAACAUGAAAAUAAAUCACCAACGUUUGCCGUAAGUUGUUUAUCUGUAACUACUUCUCUGAAAAUUUUUGAAUUCUAUUUAGACUCCUGAAAAGAAAACGUUUAAGAAUAAUACUCCUACUC